AUGGCUCGAUUCGGGGAUGCGAUGAGUGGGAUAUCGGUGGAUGGGGGCUCCGAGCAGGGCAGGAGCCGGCACCAGGUGCCCGUGCCAGGCAGCACGGCGGCGGCGGCAGCGGGAGCGGCGGCGGCGGUGGCGGCGGCGGCUGCGGCUGAGGGCUCGGGACGAUUUAAACAGUCCAGGGCGCAGAGAGCCCGCACCAUGGCCCUUUACAACCCCAUCCCCGUCCGACACAACUGCCUGACAGCUAACAGAUCGCUCUUCCUGUUCGGGGAGGACAAUAUCGUCAGGAAAUUGGCCAGGAAGGUCAUCGAGUGGCCUCCAUUUGAAUACAUGAUUUUGGCGACCAUUAUUGCCAACUGCGUCGUACUGGCCCUGGAGCAGCACUUACCGAAUGGAGACAAGACUCCGAUGGCCAAAAAUCUGGAACAAACCGAGCCUUAUUUUAUUGGAAUCUUCUGCUUUGAGGCUGGAAUUAAAAUUGUGGCUCUGGGAUUUGUGUUCCAUAAAGGAUCAUAUCUUCGGAAUGGCUGGAACGUAAUGGAUUUCAUUGUGGUUCUGAGUGGGCUCCUGGCGACGGCUGCAACACACUUCAAUCUGCGGACCCUGAGGGCAGUCCGUGUGCUGAGACCACUAAAGCUGGUGUCAGGAAUUCCCAGUUUACAGAUUGUGUUGAAGUCCAUCAUUAAGGCAAUGGUCCCUCUUCUCCAGAUCGGCCUGCUCCUCUUCUUCGCCAUCCUCAUGUUUGCCAUCAUUGGCCUGGAGUUCUACUACGGCAAGCUGCACCUCACCUGCUACACUAACAAUACUGCCGCAGAAGAGCUGGAACUGCAAUUCCCCUGCGGCACUCAGGAACCAGCCCGGCUCUGUCCAAAUGGUACGGUGUGUCAAUACUGGAUUGGACCCAACGCUGGCAUCACCCAGUUCGACAACAUCCUGUUCGCACUCCUCACAGUCUUCCAGUGCAUUACCAUGGAGGGCUGGACCACAAUCCUCUAUAAUACCAAUGAUGCCUUAGGAGCGAUGUGGAACUGGCUGUACUUCAUCCCACUCAUUAUCAUUGGCUCGUUCUUCGUGUUGAAUCUCGUGCUCGGAGUUCUGUCUGGUGAAUUUGCCAAAGAACGGGAGAGGGUAGAGAACAGGAGAUCAUUCUUGAAGCUCCGGAGGCAGCAGCAGAUUGAACGGGAACUCAAUGGUUACCGAGCCUGGAUUGACAAAGCAGAAGAAGUGAUGCUACUGGAAGAAAACAAAAAUGCUGGGGAGAAAUCUGCACUGGAUGUCCUUAGAAGAGCAACAAUCAAAAAAGGGCGAAUGGAGAUGAUUCACACAGAAUCGAGUGAUGAUCACUACACUGAAAUAUCUUCUGUGGGUUCCCCAUUAGCAAGGGCCAGCAUCAAGAGCACCAAGCUGCUGGAGGGUUCAUCCUAUUUCCGCCGCAAGGAACGCAUGUUGCGUAUCUCCAUCCGUCACAUGGUCAAGUCCCACGCCUUCUAUUGGAUUGUCCUGGGCCUAGUGGCCCUCAACACGGUGUGUGUCGCUAUCGUCCACUACGACCAGCCUUUGUGGCUCACCACCUUCCUCUACUAUGCCGAGUUUACCUUCCUGGGCCUCUUCCUGUCUGAGAUGUUUCUAAAGAUGUACGGCUGUGGUCUGCGGCUUUAUUUUCACUCCUCCUUCAAUUGUUUUGACUGUGGGGUUAUUAUCGGUAGUAUAUUUGAUGUGGUUUGGACGAUGAUUCGCCCGGAGACGUCAUUCGGGAUUAGUGUACUUCGUGCACUGCGACUGCUCAGGAUUUUUAAGGUCACAAAGUACUGGGCCUCUUUGCGGAACCUGGUAGUUUCCUUAAUGAGUUCAAUGAAAUCCAUCAUCAGCCUCCUCUUCCUCCUGUUCCUCUUCAUCGUUGUGUUUGCUCUGCUGGGAAUGCAGCUGUUUGGUGGUCAAUUCAACUUUGAGGAUGGGACGCCGCCAACCAACUUUGACACCUUUCCUGCAGCAAUCAUCACAGUGUUUCAGAUUUUAACAGGUGAGGAUUGGAAUGAGGUGAUGUACAACGGGAUAAAAUCACAGGGAGGUGUGAAAUCGGGAAUGUGGUCAUCUGUGUAUUUUAUUGUCCUGACUCUCUUUGGAAACUACACCUUGCUGAAUGUUUUCUUGGCUAUUGCUGUCGAUAAUCUGGCAAAUGCCCAGGAGUUAACAAAGGAGGAGCAGGAAGAGGAGGAAGCCAUCAACCAGAAGCAUGCACUGCAGAAAGCCAAGGAAGUCAGUCCCAUGUCAGCCCCUGGGUUCCCCUCCACAGAGAGGGAGCUUAGGAGGCACAAACACAUGUCUAUCUGGGAGGCCAGAACCAGCCAACUAAGGAGGCGAAUACAGAUGAGCAGCCGUGAAGCUCUAUUCGCUGAGGCCUUGCAAGGGCUGGAGGGGAGCAGGUAUCGGAGACAUCGUUCCAGGAUCUUCGAAGGUGACAGUCUCCGGCGGCUUGGUGAGCAGCAGGCGAAGGAGGCAAGAGUGGGAGAAGGCGGAAAACGAGAAGUCUUCAAGAGUCAGUCGCUCCGCAACAAUUGGCAGCCUGCAGGAGAGAGCAAGGAAGGCUCCUCCCCCAAAGUGAAUGGGGAUCAGGACUGCAGACAGAGCAGGACUUACAGCCGGAAUGCCGAGGCUGGGGAGAGCUUGAGGCUGGAUGAGCCCACGCGGGUUAAAAGGAGGUACAGGUCCCUGUACAAGGAAGCAAAAUUGGGACUGGAGGAGAGCGACGAGACCAAUCUCAGCCAUGGGGCCAGGGACAGCAAAGAGGAGGGGCUGCUGCAGACUAAGGGGCAGGAGAGUGGCCUUCCAAGCCAUAGCCCUGAGGAGAAGGGCACCAGGGAACAGACAAAGGCACUCUCGUGGAGAGGCAGGCCGCACACAAGCCGUCUGAAUCAAAAGCUGGGCACCGACAUGACUCUGCCCAGUGUGCAAGUGGGAACAGAAGGCACUCAGAUCACAGAAAAUGAAAAUGUGGACAGUGCAAAGAACAGCAAGCUUGACAAGCAGCAGAUUAAUGAAGAGACCAGCUUGUUAAACCUGCAGCUGGAUCUAAAAAAAACCCCAACUUCACCAGGGCUGACUGAGCUGACAAGUUCCAGGAACCCUGACCAGGACAAGUCUCGGGACCAGACUGAGAUUGAUCUGGAUUGCGAAAGCACAGAGACCCCCAUGGAUUCUCUUGUUGCACCAGGUAGGAGCCUUUUUGUUUUCAGUGUUGUGAUUGGAAAAAACAAGGGCAUGCUGGACUGA